GUCUCUCUGAGCUUCCGGGUCUACAUCCCCGACGUACGAAGUACAUACCUCGGCGUCCGAUCGGGUAACACCAGCACACCUAUCGGUGAUUUUACGUACAGUUAGCCGAGAAGGAAGCAUCGUCUGCUUUAAGUGGUGGCAAAACAAGAUGUCAGUUGACGUGUGCAUUUCAUGUGUCAUUGCAUGUGAGGAAUCCAGAGGAAUUCAGCCAUUGCUUCUAUCUGCAGGAUGCCGAUCAACAAGUUUUCAGCCAAGUCUCUCGACACCGACGUGCCAGACAAGCCCCUGGUCUUCGUCAGUGAGGGACGCUACCAAAACUGGAUCAAGCCCAUCAUUCUCCUCGAGAGUCUCAAAGUCGACUACGACGCCGCCUGCUUGGAUGGACCUGCCACGAGGACCGAUUGGUACACCCGCAUUCACCCACAGAGAUACCUGCCGGCCCUGAUCGACGCCGAACAGGGCAGGCGGGUCACCGCGUGGGACAGCUCUAUGAUGCUGCAGUACCUAGGCAAGAAGUACGACAAAACAGGGGCGUGGAUUGGGGCCAGCCCAGUCGAGGAGUUGGAGAUUGGUAACUGGUUGACGUUUGAGACGGCAUCCCUGGGGCCCACUGCCAAGUAUUGGGUGUGGUAUGCGAUUCGCAAGCCGGAGGAUCAGAACCCCAAGGCUCAAGAGAAGAUGCUAAACGACUUGAGGGUCCAGUAUGGCAUUCUCGACAAGCAUCUCUCGCAACCUGGGCAGCAGUGGAUCGGCCUCAAGGACCGGCCGACUAUCGCAGACAUCUCGGUCUACCCGUUUGCCGAUGAUCCCACCAUGGCUCGCAUGGGCCUGGACAAGAACGAUUAUCCGGCGUUGAAGGCGUGGAGCGACAGAUUCGCGCGUAUCCCGGGUGUAGCCAAGGCGUACGCAGAGAUGGAUUCUCGAAAGGAGGCAGUCAUCGGGGAGUGAUUCUCCAUUCCCGUGUCGCUUACGAGGUAGAGCUGGUGAUAAUUAACUAUCGAAAUGGAUGCCGUUUUCGAGCCUUGA